GACCAGCACGUCCUCAUGUUCCUGGUCAUCACGAGGGCUCACCCGCACUGCGAGAUGAAGCGGAAGUGGUGGGUGAAGCUGCCGUCGGAGGACCCCCGCUCAGCUGGCCCCAACGUGUGCGGGCUGCUGGUCAGGUGCCUCUACGGCUGCCGCGACGCAGGCCGGAACUUCGAGCUGCUGGUCCGUGAGACGCUGGAGGGCAAGAUGGGCUUCUCCUGUGGCGUGUGGUGCCCCUGCAUAUACCGCAGAGGCGACGGCAAGCUCGUGGCCUACGUCUACGGCGACAACUUCGCACUGAAGGGCUCCCGCACCGACAACCUGGAGUUCUACCGCGAGCUGCAGAAGUACAUGUGGGUCAAGCUCGAGGGCAUGUUGGGGCCCAACAAGAGUGCUGGUGAUGUUCAGGAGGUGGUCUGCCUGAACCGCGUCUUCCGUUGGACUUCGAGAGGUGGCGUGGAGCUCGAGGCGGACUCUCGCCAUGCGCUCAUCAUGAUGCAGCAGCUGAACCUCUGGCGUGGGUCGAAUGCCCUCUCGACGCCAGUAGUGAAGGCCAAGAGCGUGGACCGCGGCAGAGUCCUGGAGGGCGAGGGGGCGACUCGCUACCGCAGCCUGGUCAUGCGAUCCAGCUAUCUCAGCGAGGACCGCCCGGACAUCAAGUACGCAGUCAAAGAAGCAGCGAAGUGCAUGCGCGAGCCGUGCGAGCACGACAUGGAGCUAGUCAAGAGGAUUGCCAGUAUCUCCUGGGCCGUCCGAGACUGGUUCAGAGGUGUGCUCAAGGGCUUCUCGGACAGUGACUUCGCGGGCUGCCUGGGGACCAGGAAGAGCACGAGCUGCGGAGUCUUCCAGGUGGGAGAUCACAUGAUCAAAGUCUUCAGCGCGAUUCAGGGGAGUGAAGCUCUCAGCUCAGGUGAGGCCGAGUGGUAUGCUCUAGUGCGCGCUGCGUCCUGUGGGAUCGGCCUGGUCUCGCUGGCGCGUGACAUGGGAUACGAGCUGGAGUUGUGUUUGGCUGGCGACGCUACGGCGGCCAGUGGGAUCGCGCAUCGCCGAGGGGCGGGGCGCAUCCGACACAUCGAGACAAAGACCCUGUGGCUCCAGCGCCAUGUGACCGAGUGUCGUGUCAUCCUUUCUAAGACGCUCGGCCAGGUCAAUGUGGCAGAUCUCGGCACGAAGCAUCUGGCGCAAAAGGAGCUGGAUGAGAUGCUGGGACUGCUGGGAUUUUUCGUUGCUGCGGGCAAGUCUGACCUCUCUCUCGCUGUCGCAGGCAACUUGCUUGAGCCGGACCUAGCUUGCGAGCCCGAGGGCAAAUAUGAGGACGCCUUGGCGCCCUACGCCAGGGAGACCAGCCGCGUGAGCUGA